AUGGGAUGCAAUACAGCUUCUAGAGGUAUGAGAGAUUUCAACAAAUUCUGCGACUCGUUGGAGUUGAUAGAUCUGCCAAUGACAGGUGGUAAGUAUACUUGGAGUAGUACUACUGGUAACAAUUAUGCUAAAAGUCUUAUAGACAGAUUUAUUAUUAACGCGGCAUGGGAUAGUCAGUUCCCUACUAUUUCUGUGUCUGCUCUUGAUAAACCCUUUUCAGAUCACAAGCCCGUUUGCCUGACUUCCAAUUUUGAAGACUGGGGUCAUCCUCCCUUUAGGUGUGAGGCUAUGUGGUUCUUGAAUCCUUCUUUUCUUCCCUUACUAGAGGAGUGGUGGCAUUCCUUUUCUUUCAGUGGUUCUCCUGGUUUUAUUCUGGCCAAAAAACUUCAAGCUCUAAAACCAAAAUAA